GUUCUUGUUCAUCAGACUGACUUGAUGAGUGACUUUUGGGUUUGUUAUUGUACAUUCGUCAAGUUGAGCCAAUUACAAUACUUAACUGGUAUUUUAACUGGUUCCGUCUUGCGAUGUACAGGAAAUCAAGAUUAUUUCCUUAGGUGUUAAUUGAUAUUUUGUUUUCUGGUUAUCUCAAAGAGCAACUGGUUUUGCUAUUUGGGUUGUCUUCAAAUGUCUGUUCAAUGUUGCAGAAAUAUCUACAUUAUUUACAUUAAAUCUAGGGUUAAAAUUACCAAAAGACUCAAGGUUUUUUCACAAAACGAACCGGUUUGGGAACAAUUUUUAUCGGAAAGAGGGAGAGAAGGAGUCAAAAGUGAGAGCUUGGUAUACUAUUCAUCAGUGAAACUCUCUAUCAGCUUUUCAAGUGAAAGCAGCUUCCAUGUCAACUGAUCAUUUGAUUGUUAUUGCCCUAUUUUCAUUAUCUAUCUAAUUCGACUUGAAAUUUGUGUUUAUUUUGCAACUAUAGCCACAAAAAAUUGAUUUUAUUAAACAAUAUUCACCACCCACAGUGCCUGGUUUACCAUUUUCAACAAAUUCUCACCUGAUCAUCUGGAGACUUGACUUUUCUCUCAACAAUUUUUUUCUUCUUUGGUUUAAGCUGUGAUUAUAGAUCCACAACCAAAUUGUCGAUUAUUUAGCUUGGUGAUUUGUAUACACAAUUGAUCCACUUUGUGUUGUAAUCAAAUGUGACGUGAUCUGAUGUUUUGUUCGUAAACAGAUUCAAAUUAUAAAGGCUGACUCUUUUGUUUUGGUUGAUCAACACACACUGUUCAAGACAACUUAUUCAAUAAAAGAUAUGGAUAAGGCUUUAAUCAAUGGUGUCAAUGGAAGCUCGAUUGGAGCUAGUCAUGUAAUGUAUGAUUGUAUGACUGGUGAACAUUUAAAAACAAUCAAAAGAUUGGUCAAAAAAUUGAAAAUCAAAGCAGGAGAAGAAAGCAAUGGACAAGUUAACCAGAUGUACAACAGUUGGAUCAAACUCAGUUUACUCUGUGAUUAUUUAUACGAAAUAGGUUCUGAAUAUUGUCACAUUGAUACAGUUAACAGACGCCGUAACGGUAAAGGUGUGAACCUAUCUAAUGGUAUUCACAGCAGCAAUAACAACAGAUUUUCGAGAUACAAUGGUAUUAAAUGUUUGAUCAAAGUUGUCAGUAAAUUCGUUUGCCAUGUUGAAGAUGCCCUUGACAAUGGUUUUGUGUCUGUUGGUUUAUCAAAUCCACUUUCAGUAUCCACUUCAACAUAUGAAGUUUUACACUCAAUCACUGAAAUGUUGAUUAUUCUGCUUGAAAUAUUAAAGACCUACUUUGAGGAUGAAUCACCAGUUGAAACAGGUGCACAGGCAACAAUGUAUUUACUUGAAACUUACAUCAAAUCUCGAGAAAAAUUGACUGAAGGAAUCAAAGCAUAUUGGUCUCACUAUCCUGCUUUCUGGUUAGAUGAGGAUGCUCAAUGGGUUUCUUCAUUUUUCUCUCUCAUUUCAUCAUCACUGAGUAAUCUACCCUACUCAUUAAAGUCCUUGGUUUCUCGUUCUGCUCAUGGUUACUGGCAGGAGGGUUUAUUGUACUCUGCAAGUCCUUACUAUCCCUUGAAUUUGGCCAACUACGUUAAUAAUCCAUUUACUUCAGCCUUGAAUUGGGUAACCUGUAAAUACUCUGGACUUGCCGUAAAGGAAAUAGAUGUUCCACGAUCUACAAACUGGCAAAUCCCUUGUGGUGGGACAGAAGGCGAUGGUAAAGUUAGAUAUGUUGACAAACAGUCGGGAGAUGCAAAUCUUAAACCAAUCAAAUGUCGUUUGAUUAACCAUGCUGGCAAAGUACCAAAUGGAAAUGUUAUCUUUCACUGUCAAGGAGGUGCGUUUACAGUAGAGUUACCUGCUAUAUUUGACCAAUGUUUCCGUCACUGGGUUCCUUACCUAGAAGGUGGAACUAUAUUCGAUGUGACUUAUAGUCGAUUUGUUCGGUAUCCAGUUCAAUUGCAAGAAUUACUUGAUGUAUUCCUCUGGUUGACUAAUUAUGAAACAAAUGACGUACAAAAUACUCUGGGUUUUAUUCCCAAGAAAAUUAUCUUCUGUGGCGAUUCAGGUGGAGGUUUAUUCUUAUUCUCACUGUCAACAAUCUUGCGAGAUAUCCAAAUAAUCAUUUCUUCAACUCCUGAUGGUCCACCGAUUGCUUUUCCAAGUCAUUUGUAUCCAAAAGCGUUGGUCACUUUCUACCCAGUUCUUUCUUUAACAUUCCCAUCUGUACAGCCAUCUUUAGUAUUCUCUUUUCUUGAACAAUUUCUCACUCCACUAGCCAUUCUUAAUUGUUUGUCUCUUUACUCAGCUGGAGUUAUUUUUGAUUCUGACUGUGAAAACCUUGAUUCGUUCGAUUCAUCUCGUUACCUACAACCUUCACGCUGGCAAACCUUUUAUAACACUUGGAUUAGCAAGCAAAAUAUAUGGCUUCAAUGUGAUAAAGAGGUAUUGAGUGAACGAAUCAAUGCAAUCGUUAACUCUUCACUGUCACCUUAUAAAUCUCCAUUAAUCAAAUACAAUCUUGAUUUGAUCAAAGAUCUAAAUAUUUACCUUGUUGUCGGUGAAUAUGAUCCUUUUCUUGACACUAACAUUGAAUUUGCUCAACGUUGGCCUGGAAAAAUUGUUCUUGACGUUAUAGAAGACGUAGGCCAUGGAUUUUUGGGCCUUACAUGGACAAGCAAGAAAUCAACAUCAGCAGCUCGCUUAUGCCUUGAAAGGAUAUUGGAAGCACUUAAAGAUUGAUUUGAUGGACUUUGCUAUCUAUUACUUUGUUACACCCGUUGUUAUUUAAUUAUCAAUUCAGACAAGAAUCUCAAAACAUGAAAUCUUAAGAUUUUAUUGUUAAAUGAAUACUAUCAAGACAAUAUCAUGUCUUUGUUUCAAUUAUAUUCAUAUAUCACUAAAUAUCGAUUUAUUUUUUUGACACUAUCUUUGUUAUGUUGAACGAUUCAACUAUGUGAAUAAAUACUUAAUAGCGAAAUGUUAUACUUAUCUGUGCAAUAAACGCUGAUUUUCAAAUAAGAAUAAA